CCCUAGCUAGGGUUUUGGGGUUAUAACGGCAAUGGCUGGAUCGGGGAGAGCGCAGAAGAACAAGGCUCACAAGACGCGCUUCUCCUCCAAAUCGUCUCGUCGAGAUCACAAAUUGGCAGGGACUACAAAGGAGAAGAAUUCAAAGAAAUCCGCAGUCCAGCAGAGUGCCAAGGAGCUCAGGUUGCAGAGGAACAAAAAUAUUCGUGACAGCAAACGAGCGAUUUUGCUCUCCGAGAGACGUGGAAUUAAAGGAGAUAAAAGUGCCCCUCGUGUACUCGUUCUGGUUCCUUUGGAUUCUCGGGCACAAACUGGAGAACUCAAGAAGAGAAUUGUUGCAGCAUGCCUGGGCGAUGAGUCCUGUGCUGUUGACGCCAUGGAAACUGAAAAUCCAAGUGAGGGAAGUCUCGGUUCCAUCAGUAUACCAAGACUCAAAUUCAGAUUAACUGUGCUUGAGGCACCUUACGGGGACCUCCAAACCUGUCUACAAGCUGUCAAGGUGGCAGACAUUGUUGCUUUCGUGUUCUCCGUAGCGGAGAAUGACGAAAACGUUUUUGAAAAGAGUGGCAAGCCUGUUCUCUCCAUGUUGAAGGCACAAGGUCUCCCACAUACUAUUGGCAUUCCAUUGGGGCUGGGAGAUGUGGCUUCUAAGAAACGCGCAGAUGUUUGGAAGCUCUAUCACGAUAGGCUCGAGGCUGAAUUUCCUCCUCACGUGAAAACCUUCGAUGGCAGUAGCAACGACGAAGCUCAGCAGAUGCUUAGGCAUAUUUCCGAGCAGCGCCCUUCUCACCUUCAAUGGCGUUCGCAGCGGCCAUACGUAAUGGCAGAGCAGCUUGCCUUUGAAGCUGAUUCCCAAUCUCCUAGCGUGGGAACGCUGCGUCUUUCGGGCUAUGUUCGGGAGCAAAGUCUUUCAGUCAAUAAGCUGAUUCACAUAUCAGGAAUAGGGGAUUUUCAGUUGGAAAAGAUGGAGAUUCUUGACGAUCCUUGCCCUCUGUCUAAUAAAAAGUUUGACGGCAUGGCAGUAGACGCACACAAGGAAAUACUUCCAGAUCCAAACAAGCAGGAAGCUCUUGUUAUAGAGAACAUCCUUGAUCCUCUUGCUGGCGAGCAGACAUGGCCAACCGAAGAAGAACUGGCUAAAGCUGAUGUCCGAGACCAAGGCCGGAAACGCAGAAAGCUGCCCAAGGGGACUUCUGAUUAUCAGGCAUCCUGGAUUAUGGAUGAGUCUGAUGAAGAAGAGGGAAGUGACAUUGAAAAUGCCGAAAACACACAGGAGAUGCAGUGUGACGAUGAGUAUCAAGAUGAUGCAUCACGCGGCGCAUUUGAGGAAGAGGAGACUGAAGCAGACACAAGCGAAAUGAUGGAUGAUGAACCUUUGAGCAUCAGUCAGCGUAAAGAAGAGAUUCAGCGUCUGAAAGAGGCUGUUAGAAGCGAUGAAGAAUUUCCGGAUGAGGUGGAUACACCCAUGGACGUGCCAGCUAGAGAGCGUUUUGCCAGAUAUAGAGGAUUAAAAUCCAUGCGAACUUCAGCUUGGGAUCCAAAGGAAUCUCUGCCAGCGGACUACGCAAGAAUAUUUGCGUUUGACAACUUUAACAGAACAAUGAAGCAUGUUACCAAGAAGGCUAGCUGCGUCGACGAGGCGUUCUCAGCGUGUACGGGCUCGUUUGUGAGACUUCAUAUAAGGAACUUCUCGAGUUCCGUCGCUGCGAGCCUUUUGGAAUCCUAUAGGACGUGUCCUCUGGUGGCCUGUGGGUUAUUCCAGCAUGAAUCCAAGAUGACCGUCGUGCAUUUCAGCAUCAAGAAGAACGAUAGCUUCACGGAACCAAUCAAAUCAAAAGAGAAUUUGCUUUUCCACAUAGGCUUUCGAUCUUAUUUCACCAGGCCCAUAUUUUCCACUGACGAUAUCAACAUGAACAAGCAUAAGUACGAACGUUUUCUUCAUGCAGGACGAUUCUCUGUGGCCUCGGUCAUUAUGCCCGUGCAGUUCCCACCCGGCCCGCUCGUAGUCUUCAAGCGUGACGCUCAAAAUCUACACUACGUAGCAUCAGGUCUGCUGAAGAAUGCAGACCCGGACAGGAUCAUUCUAAAGAAGAUCAUACUUUCGGGAUACCCUCUCAGAGUCUCGAAAAGAAAAGCAAUCGUUCGCUACAUGUUUCACAAUCCCGAAGACGUCAAAUGGUUUAAGCCUCUCGAGCUGUGGACAAAGUAUGGAAGAAGGGGCCGUAUCAUGGAACCAGUAGGAACUAGAGGAGCUAUGAAAUGCGUGUUCGAUGGCGUCGUCCAGCAGAGAGACGCGGUAUGCGUGAAUCUAUACAAGCGCGUCUAUCCAAAGUGGCCGCAACAGUAGAGCUACAGGCGAAGAUCGCUAGAGAAACACCGAUUUUGUUUUCUCCCGUUAAAAAACUACUGCUGCUCAGGUGUAUCUCUCAAACACUAAGAAAUCCUUGAUUUUUUUGA